GUAAUGCCAAUUACCUAAUAUUUAGGUCAAACAUAGAUAUCAUAUGUUUGUAAUGUUUUAUAAGAUCUUUAUUGUUUGUUUCUUUUUGAUAUUGAAAGUAUUUUGUAAAGAAUUGGAAAACAAUGAUAAGGUUGACAUAAAAGUGAUUUGGAAGCCACAAGUUUGUAAACGUUUCGUUGAAAAAGGAGAUUUUGUUCGUUACCAUUAUUAUGGGAUGCACACGGAUGGAAAAGUGUUUGAUACAAGUUACCAGCGUGCGAAAACCUACGACACGUAUGUUGGUUCUGGUUGGUUGAUUCCGGGCAUGGAUGAUGGAUUGUUGGGGACAUGCGUGAACGAACACAGACUUAUCUCCAUCCCACCUAGUCUGGCUUAUGGGGAAGAUGGGACAGAUGACAUCCCUGGUAACUCAACCCUUUUGUUCAACUUUGUGUUGGUUGAUAUUUGGAACAGCAAGGACGAUGUUAAGAUCACGACAACUUACAUGCCCGAGACUUGCGAGAGAAAAUUAGAAGAUUCUGAUUAUGUUCGUUACCAUUAUAACGGAACAUUGCUCAAUGGGAAAGUGUUCCAUACCAGUUAUGAAGAGGAUUCAACGUACAACACAUACGUUGGGCAAGGUUGGUUGAUCAAAGGGAUGGACGUGGGGUUAGUCGGGGCUUGCUUCGGGGAGCGACGAACAAUAGAGAUCCCGCCCCAUCUUGGGUACGGGGAAAAAGGGGAUGGUAAAAACAUCCCGGCUUCAGCAACGAUAGUAUUUGACAUAGAAAUCAUAGAUUUCCACAACCCAAAAGACGAACCCCAGAUUAAAAUUGUGGUUGAAGUUGAGGGGUGCGAAAGAAAACUUGAAUCAUCGGAUUUUGUUCGUUAUCAUUACAACGGAAGCUUUGCUGAUGGAAGUUUGUUCGAUUCAAGUUACCAACGGAAUAAAACAUACGACACGUACGUUGGGUUUAAACGGGUGAUACCCGGGAUGGAGUUGGGGUUGGUGGGGUCUUGCAUGGGUGAACGAAGGGUCAUCAAACUACCCCCACACCUGGGGUAUGGGGAGCCUGGCAUAGAGGGUCGUAUCCCGGGUAGUGCCGUCCUCAUAUUCUCCGUUCAUAUCGUUGACUUCCACAAUCCCAAGGAUGAUGUUGAGAUCAAAGUCGAGUCGAUGCCGCCAUCUUGUUUGGAGGACGGGGUCGUAGUAGCGAGGAAGGGGAAUUACCUCACGUAUGAUUAUAAACUCUUGCUUAUGGAUGGAACGUUCAUUGAAUCAAGCACUGACAGUACGGGUGAUUGGGGAAACUACCUCGGUCGGGGUGAACUUAUCCCCGGGGUUGAAAGGGGGUUAACCGGGAUGUGUGUGGGUGAGAUUAGGAGGGUGGUUGUCCCCCCACAUAUUGGGUACGGGGAGCAAGGAAGGGAUUCACUGAACAUUCCCGGAAGUGCCGUCCUCGUUUACACGUUCCAUCUCCACAAGAUCCAGGAAUCUCUGCCUGAAGGUUUCACCUUCGUGUGGUCCAAAGAAUAUUCGCCGCAAAGUAAGGAAGAAGUUUUCGCGGCAAUGGAUGAAGACAAAGAUGAACAAGUUUCGCUGCCUGAGAUGACAUCAUUCAUACUCGAUCAAGUGGAACGUGGCCACGCCCAUCUGCUCCCCGGUCACGCCCCCGAAAAAGUGAUCACCGACCUCUUCAAGACGCAAGACAUCGACCACGACGAAGCUCUCACCAUCGAGGAGUUUCGUCUAAAGAUGCCGGAUGCUCUCGGGGAGAAAGUGGGAGAUGAGCUGUGAUGAUGUCAUCAUGAUAUGACGUCAUCAAUGUAUGAUGUCAUUAUAGUAUGACAUCAUCAAUCUAUGAUGAGCUGUGAUGAUGUCAUCAUGAUAUGACGUCAUCAAUGUAUGAUGUCAUUAUAGUAUGACAUCAUCAAUCUAUGAUGUCAUUUACAACUUUGCUUCUGUAAGCUUAUGACAUCAUAAAUUGAUGAUGUCACUAAAAAAGCGGUUGCAGUUACCUGGUGGUACUUAUGCAGUAUUAAACACGGUGCUUUUAUAAAAAGUAACUUAUCAAUCAUUUUUUCGUAUUUUUACAUUUCAUGACAGCAUAAAAUAAAUUGACAAUUGCACAA